AUGAAUUAUGGACGUAUAACCCUCCCUCCAGGGCAAUUCCCUUACGGAGCGAAGGCGAUCUUCAUUGGUAUUGGCAUGCCUGAACCAAAGAAGAUCGGCGUUUUCAAAGGGUUGGAUCAAAGCCAUGGAUUCUUUACCAGCAAAGAUUUCCUGCCAAUGGUCGCAGCUGCCAGCAAACCGGGUAUGUGCGGAUGCUCGAAAAAUCCCCUCCCUGCUCUAAAAGGACGUGUCAUUGUACUCGGUGCUGGUGAUACUGCGUUCGACUGUGCCACGUCCGCUCUACGAUGCGGUGCUUCCAGGGUUACCGUUGUAUUCCGUAAAGGAUUCACUGGAAUUCGUGCUGUGCCAGAGGAGAUGGAAGCAGCCCGAGAGGAACGAUGUGAAUUCAUGCCAUAUUGCUCUCCAAAAGCCGUGAACAUCAAGGACGGUCGCAUUGUUUCAAUGCAGUUUGUUAAGACAGAGCAGGACUUGGAUGGAACAUGGUACGAAGAUGAAGAGCAAUCGCUCACCCUCAAGGCCGACUACAUCAUCUCUGCUUUCGGCUCAACACUUCUUGAUCCUGAUGGUUUGUUACUCACCAGUAUCCAUUUAACUAGUAACCCCCUAAUGAUGAAAAGUUUGUGA